AUCAUCACUCUCUCUUACAUGUUUUAUUUAUUUUUUUCCUGUCUUAACGCCAAACAAACCACAUUUGCUUUGUUCUCUCUCUCAGACUCACACUUUUUCAUAAGCUUAUCAGGCCCAAACACCGCCAUUCUCACCUCCCUCAACCCUUAUUUUCUCCUUUUUUGUUCUCAUCAGCCAUGGCUGCUGCUUUACUGCUUUCAGUGCUCUUUCUUUCCAUGACUGGCCACUCAAGUGCCGUAUGGUGUGUGUGCAAAGAUAAUGUUGGUGAAGCGAACUUGCAGAAGGCACUGGAUUAUGCUUGUGGAAACGGUGCGGAUUGUAACCCGAUCCAUUCAAAUGGACCUUGUUUCAACCCCAACACUGUUAAAGCACAUUGCAGUUAUGCCGCCAACAGCUAUUUCCAAAGAAAAGGCCAAGCUCAAGGCUCCUGUGAUUUUGCUGGCGCUGCUGCUAUUUCUUCAACUGACCCUAGCUCUGCUGGCUGUUCUUACCCCUCCAGCGCCAGUAUCAGUAGCACCGGCACUUCGACAACUCCGGUUACUGCAACAAACCCAUCGACCACCACACCCACGAGCAUGAACCCAGGCACCAACACCCCAACAGGCACCAACACCCCAACAGGCACGACACCAUAUGGCUCAACGACGCCGACCGGAGUGUUGGGAGCAGUCGGCAACGGCUUAGGCCCAUCCGGAACCAGCACAACCAACACGGACUACAGCCACGGAGGAUUCCGGCUUCAGGCUAUUUCUUCCCUCACAACCUUGGUGUUUUCAGGCUUGAUGCUAUUGUGGGGUUAAGAACACAAAAAAACCUAUGUGAUAUUUAUCCAAGGACAUGUUAAAGAUAUCUAAGUUUUUUCUCUUCUUUUUUAGUUUUAAUCCCCACCUUAGAUGAACAUGAAGAUGGGGAUUUUAUUUCUUUUUGAGAGCAUGGUUUUAGGGGUGACCCAUCGAUGCAUUAUUAUGUUUUCUUUUUUCGUGUUUUGAUGUAAAUCUAGUUCUAGGGUUCAAGUAAAUUAUUAAGUAAAUGAGAAUUUGGCAUCACAU